AUGAACCAAUUGAACGACAAUUGCUGCGCUUAUAAGCCAAACGUACCGCUCGGACAACACUGUUGUAGGUGUAGUCGGUCCGGCUUUCUCUCUCGCUGUCUGGGGCUGCAGUUGUCAGGCAUAAUACACGUACACCUCUCGGUUGAACAGCACAGGCGUACAAUUUUAAACAAUCUUUUCACACACCGAUUGACACCACGGAUGACACAUAUGAUGGACAAACGGUGGAUCAGUUGGCUGUUGAUACUGACGGCCAUCGGUGGCAUCGUUUGCGACCACGAGGUGGACAAAGACCCGCAAACCGAAUGCAAAGCGGACUCAAUUCCUGUGGUUAGCGGCGAUGCCGGACGUCUUAUCAUCAAUAGUACCGUUAAAUGGUUGGACAAAACUGUGUGCCAAUGGGUUAUCAACGGAACGGCCAAAACGAGUCCAUUCUUUUAUCUGGCUGUAGAGGAACUGAUCCUCGGAGUGAACGAUACGCUCGAAGUGUUUGAUUCGGCGAAGAAAUCCAUUUAUAAAAGUUCGGGCUCUUUAUGGCCGGGAGUUAUACUGUUGCCCACCGAUAAGGAUAUGCAACUGUACGUCAAUUUGACAAUAUCUCAACCGACGGGAGAAUUCAAGAGAGAGUGGGACGUCGACUAUGGCAUCAAUAGCCCAUCGGUUCAACUCUCAAAUAUCGACGGCUCCGGUCGUUAUCAGCUGUACUUCAGUCCUAACGCCGAUUUCGGACCAAUUAAUGCGAAUCUCAUUUUGAAAACCAAAUACGACUCGAAGAAGCUGUUGAUGAACGUCGAGGCGCUGGAUGUGGGCGACAAAGCGACCGUCACUUUCGAUUUGGUCGAGAAGUACGCGAACCAGUCCUGGCCCGCCAAAGACGCCACGGCACCCGACUUUUUGCUCUCAACUCAACAGCAGAUUAACGUUAAGAUCAAUGGUUUGAAGUUUAAUAAAGCGAAACAAAUCAAAGGCCUGCAAAUGCACUACGAAUUGGUGGACACGUGCUCUCAAUACAAACAGUUAACAGAUCUGGACGUCGAUAAUAUGGAGGACAUUAGACUCCCGGCCCAAAAUGAGCUCAAAUUGAUGUCCAGUUUCCGGUGUCUUAACAUAUUUGAACACAAGUCGACGGACGCCAAACUGUCGUUGGAUUUGUUGAGUCAUAAGUUUAGUUUCGCAAACGCCGGCGAUCUCAUCACCGUUUUGGACGGCAAUACACGCUAUUCGCCCGCUUUGGCCGUCAUUGAGCCACACUUUCUCGAUAUCUAUUGGAAAACUCAAUACCUGUAUUCGUCGGCCAACAAAAUGUGGAUAAUGUUUGAGUCGCCGCAAGUGGUCAACGCGACCGUAAAUCCCGCCAAUAAGCUCGGCCCGCUGAAGAUGAUCGCCGACGGAAACUAUAAGCGAUCGGUGAGUGUAUUGAUCGGCCACACGGACGACGAGGGCGGGUAUAUGUUGCCAAUGGUUGAUAUGGAGAAGUAUUCGGUCACUAAUACCAAAGACAUUACGAAAGGCGAGGCUUUUGACGACCUGAAGAAACUCACCAAACAGUUGAUCACAAAGACGCCGAUCGAUGGCGAAGCAGUGGCCAAAACCUAUUUUGGCGGUUCCCAAGAGCCGACCGGUCAGUACCGGCGCACGAUUGGCGUCGCUUUGGGUGACUUUUAUAUCACGUGUCCCACGAUUUUGUUCGCCAAACUGCUCAUCGGUUCCGACAACAAGAAUAAAGUCAAUGUCUAUCACUAUUACUGGACCCGCAAACUGAGCGACCGGGCCGUCCCGUGCGCCGACUGGAUGGGCAGUUGUCACGGCUCCGACACCUAUAUGCUGUUCGGCGAUCCCUUUGUUAACAAACAGUUGUAUACCGACGACGACCGGACCGUAUCACUCAAUUUCAUGAAGACUUUCGCCCAUUUCGCUAAUCACAGGGAUCAAUUCUUGAGCCCUAAUAUCUUCACACAAAUCUAUUACUUUGAUCUCAAUUUCAUCACACACAUCGACCUCUUCUUCUUCCUCUUCAGUGGUUCGCCAUUUUUCGACCAAUUGAACGACAAUUGCUGCGCUUAUAAGCCAAACGUACCGCUCGGACAACACUGUUGUAUGUGUAGUCGGUCCGGUUGGCUGUUGAUACUGACGGCCAUCGGUGGCAUCGUUUGCGACCACGAGGUGGACAAAGACCCGCAAACCGAAUGCAAACCGGACUCAAUUCCUGUGGUUAGCGGCGGUUCCGGACGUCUUGUUAUCAAUACGAGUGCCGUUAAAUGGGUGGACAAAACUGUCUGUCAAUGGAUUAUCAACGGCACUGGCAAAACGAGUCCAUUCUUUUAUCUGGCAAUUGAGGAACUGGUUCUCGGAGUGAACGAUACGCUCGAAGUGUUUGAUUCGGCGAAGAAAUCCAUUUAUAAGAGUUCGGGCUCUUCAUGGCCGGGAGUUAUACUAUUGCCCACCGAUAAGGAUAUGCAACUGUACGUCAAUUUGACAAUAUCUCAACCGACGGGUGAAUUCAAGAGAGAGUGGGACGUCGACUAUGGCAUCAAUAGCUCAACGGUUCAACUGUCAAACAUCGACGGCUCCGGUCGUUAUCAGCUGUACUUCAGUCCUGACGCCGAUUUGGGACCAAUUAAUCCGAAUAUCAUUUUGAAAACCAAAUACGAGUCGAAGAAGCUGUUGAUGAACGUGGAGGCGCUGGAUGUGGGCGACAAAGCGACCGUCACUUUCGAGUUGGUGGAGAAGUACAACAACAUGUCGUGGCCCGUCAAAGACGCGACGGCACCCGACUUUUUGCUCUCAACUCAACAGCAGAUUAACGUUAAGAUCAAUGGUUUGAAGUUUAAUAAAGCGAAACAAAUCAAAGGCCUACAAAUGCACUACGAAUUGGUAGACCAAUGCUCUCAAUACAAACAGUUAACAGAUCUGGACGUCGAUAAUAUGGAGGACAUUAGACUCCCGGCCCAAAACGAGCUCAAAUUGAUGUCCAGUUUCCGGUGUCUUAACAUAUUUGAACACAAGUCGCCGGACGCCAAACUGUCGUUGGAUUUGUUGAGUCAUAAGUUUAGUUUCACAAACGCCGGCGAUCUCAUAACCGUUUUGGACGGCAAUACACGCUAUUCGCCCGCUUUGGCCGUUAUUGAGCCUCACUUUCUCGAUAUCUAUUGGAAAACUCAAUACCUGUAUUCGUCGGCCAACAAAAUGUGGAUAAUGUUUGAGUCGCCGCAAGUGGUCAACGCGACCGUAAAUCCCGCCAAUAAGCUCGGCGUUCGCUCCCAAUCCCAAGGCGGAAGUUUUUUCAUACCAAAGACUAAGGACCGAACGGAUCUCAUACUCACCGACAAAACAACGCCUCGACUACCGAUUGUCUUCACUUAUUACACAGAUGUGGGCAACCAAUUGGUACUGGAUUUCAAUGAAAAAGUUAAAUUGCCCGGAAACGCAAACGACAGCGUUAUCCGAGUGUACGAAGACAUGUCCCGAGUGGGCAAACCCUUGAUUGACCUGCGGGGCGGCGCUUAUCCGCCCGAUCUCGUGGCCUCAAACACUAACCAAUUGAAAGUGGAGUUUGGAUUUAAGGCGUUUAAUUUUGGUUUCAUUAACUCCAGCAAUAUUUUGAAUAUCGCUACCGGAUGUCACGCCACCGCAAAGGGCGACACAUCCGCAUACAGUCUGACCGCAUGCGCCGAUAUGUGCUCGUGGUUUAUACCCGACCGCCAGAACUCGACCGGUGUAUACAUAAUCCAGUUCUCGCACCUCUAUCUGCCCAAAGACACGGACGGCGUGUCGAUCGCGCAGUUCGGUUCGGACAAACCCAACACCAUCUUCGAGAUUAAAGGUCCGUAUAAGACGAAUGUAUUCCCGGAAGUGAUUCUCCCGGCGAACGGCAUGUAUACUCUUUAUACGAAGAGGGCUACGUGUGACAAAACGUCGGUCGACAGCUCACAGCUGUUCGGCGUAUCUAUGGUUUACGCGGACAAGAAUAUCAACGCCCAGUCGAUGACACUGACCAAAGGCGCCAACGCAUCCAUUCAGACAUUGAAUUAUCCGAACGCAUACUCUGUGGGCAGUGACCAGAAAUGGGACGUUAAACCGACGGUCAAUGAGACGACAAUGGCUUUCGUUACGAUCACUGAUCUACAGCUCACUCCCGGACACCAAUUGAUGUUUGUCGCCAAAGAUGCUAACAUCACGUUCAAAAGUGAUGCUCAAUUGGCCGACAUCGGGGACAGUCUGCUGCCGCUACCGUUUUUCGCCAAUCUUAACACUCAAUUGGUUAACGUAAACAACACGCCGAUCACUGGCCGCGGAUUUAGGGCCGACAUAUGGCCACUGACCACAUGCGGCGGCACAGUUACAGUUGAUCCCAAAACGGGCGGCAAAGCAGUGACUCCCGAGAAAUUGGAUGGCGUUUCCCAAUGCGUUUGGAUUGUGAAGACAACCGAACCAAAGGACAAAUCAUUUAAUUUGAUUGAAUUCACAUUAAAUCAUACGAAAGAUUUUGAUUUCAAUAAACUAAAGAUCUACGACUCGAACACCAUUAGAGAUGACCACAGAUUGCACUUUGAGUACUUCGCCACUCGACAGAACACCAGCUCAUCCAACACUCUGAUCAUUGUGUUGAACGUAACCGAUCCCAAGAAAGACAUUAUUGGCUUUGAUUUCACUCAAACAGUGUGUAACGGCACCCGUUUGUGCGACAAUAAGAAGCGUUGCCUUUUGGACGAGUUCUUCUGUAACGGUAUUAACGAUUGCGGCGAUUGGACCGACGAACUGCAUUGUAAUGGUACUCAACCCCAGCCCUCCCCGUCUCCACUCCCACCGGAAAAAAUCUAUGUCCACUCCGGAGUGAACGGAUGGGUCGUAACUCUGGUCAUAUGCCCCCUAUUCCUGGGACUGGGAGUAUUGGGCACUCUAUACGGGCCGAGAUUGAUGGGCCGCUUUGGUCGCGGCCGUUAUCGGGAAUUUCAAGACUUUUCCGAAGUGUCAUAAACUUGUGUUAGUCUAUUAUUGGGUAUUAAAUAUUAUAUAAUUUGAAAUUUAUAAAUCUCUUAUUCACAGCAUUUUCUCAAUACAAUUAAGUUUUGAUUUUCUAUUUUCUAUAAAAAUAGUUUACAUAAAAAUUUCCUACAAAUGUAUUUAAGUUAUUAGCCAACGGAAUAGCGCCUUGGUACUUUACCUUUGGGGAUCUGGGUGUAUUUUUCGAUUUAAUGCGGGCACAUAUGGGCAAUUAUUAGUUACCAAGGUGUUUUUCCAACAGUUUUUGAUUUAAAUUCAUUUUUUUUAAUUGAUUGGA